CCCGUCGCCUCACGCUUUCAACGGAUGGGUUUAAAGCUCAGGGAGGCGGUAGCGUCCAACGUCGAGUCGCCACGGUGGAACCCCGCAUUCCGCUUAUUGAUCACAGACGAGAACUUCGACGAGUACAUCGUCCGUGAGCCGCUCACGCCCGGUGAAGAAGCAAAACGCGUUUGGUUCCUGAUCAUUUAA